UAGUGUUUUCAUAUCUCAAGCCGCAAAGUGUCCUAGAGCCGUAGUGCUAGUCCACGUAAAGUACCGACACGACAAGUGGAAUCUCAUGUCAGUGUGCAUCAAGGGAGCAUGGCCGUGUUCACGCUGCAUGGCCCCUCCCAACUGCAACUCUCACGACUCAACCGGGGGACACGGACGCGUUUGACUGUGCGAUCCCGCUAGGAGAGAGUCUGCGCGUCUAGAGCGCCCUCGGGCGCGCUCCCGCCACCUCGCCGUCCAGCCACGAGCAAGAGCGCGCACCGCGCCCCUCCUGCAGCCUCGCUGCUCACUGCUCACUGUCGCGCGCGUGCUCUCUGUCCAGAGCCAUGCAUGGGGGAGAGGGGCGGCGCAGCCCCCCUCCCCCCUCACCCCGCCCGCACCACCGGCGCCGCCGUCGCCGGCGCACCCCCGGCCUGCAUCAGCGAAGUCGGCAAACCCGCCGCCGCGCUGGCCAAGCUCGAUGCCGGCACGCUCGCCAGCGGCGCGCAUGUCACCGUCGCCGCUGCGGCACUGGCGGCGUUGUGUGCGUCGACGGGGUAGGGCGGCUGC